CAGGAGAGAGAGGCACGUUUUCACGCCUUUUCACAUUAUUUAUCUCUAUCAGCGAUUAAAGGGACGGGGCUCCUUCAGCGAAAAAGUGAACAGGAUCCCCAAAACGACACGGGGGAGAGAUGCAGUCUGUGACGAGAUGGACUUUGUGGCUUCUUGUCAUAGGUUUGAAGGCGCAAGAUUGCCUCUCAUCAAAGGCUGAGGACCGGCUUUUCAGGAAACUGUUUAGACGAUAUAACCAGUUCAUCAGACCAGUGGAGAAUGUCUCUGAUCCAGUCACUGUGGAAUUUGAGGUCUCCAUCUCCCAGCUGGUUAAAGUUGAUGAGGUGAAUCAAAUCAUGGAAACAAAUUUAUGGCUCAGGCAUAUUUGGAAUGACUACAAGCUACGAUGGAAGCCUGCAGAGUUUGACGGGAUUGAGUUCAUUAGAGUUCCAUCGAACAAGAUUUGGAGACCCGACAUUGUACUCUACAACAAUGCUGUAGGUGAUUUUCUGGUGGAGGAUAAGACCAAGGCCUUGCUGAAGUUUGAUGGAACUAUCACAUGGGUUCCUCCGGCCAUUUUUAAGUCAUCUUGCCCAAUGGACAUCACGUACUUCCCCUUUGACUAUCAGAACUGCUCUAUGAAAUUUGGGUCCUGGACUUAUGACAAAGCCAAGAUUGACCUAGUACUUAUUGGUUCCAAGGUGAACCUGAAAGACUUCUGGGAGAGUGGCGAGUGGGAAAUCAUUGAUGCUCCAGGCUACAAACACGACAUUAAGUACAACUGCUGUGAGGAGAUCUAUCCAGACAUCACCUACUCCUUCUACAUCCGGCGCCUGCCGCUCUUCUACACCAUCAACCUCAUCAUCCCCUGCCUCCUCAUCUCUUUCCUCACAGUGCUGGUUUUCUAUCUCCCGUCUGACUGUGGAGAGAAGGUCACGCUCUGUAUCUCCGUCCUGCUCUCCCUCACUGUGUUCCUACUCGUUAUCACAGAGACCAUCCCCUCCACAUCGCUGGUCAUCCCGCUCAUUGGAGAGUACCUCCUCUUCACAAUGAUCUUCGUCACACUCAGCAUUGUCAUCACUGUUUUUGUGCUGAAUGUACAUUAUCGCACACCAAUGACCCACACUAUGCCGAGCUGGGUGCGCUCGGUGUUUCUCAAAGUACUGCCGAGGAUUAUGCUAAUGCGGAGACCGAUUGAUGAAGACAGCAAGGUUGGGGGGCUGGACAGCAGUGGGGAGGCAGGAGGAGGUGGAGGGGGAGGAGGAGGCGGAGGAGGAAAAGGAGGGAAGAAACGGAAGAAUAGCUUAAUGCAGUUUGGAGGAGGAUCACUUAACUGCGUGGAGUUUGGUGAGAGUAAGCUCUCGAACAUGGAAGGCUGCACUGGAAAGAAAUGCCCUUGCCCUUGCCCUUGCCAGCAUGGGAAGGAAACCCCAGAAACUCCAGACCCUGGGAAGAUGACACGUCAGCUGAGUCACCAAAGCAUCAACACAGUCGUAGCCUUUUCUGUGGUGUCGCCUGAGAUCAAACAGGCCAUCGAGAGCGUCAAGUACAUUGCUGAAAACAUGAGGAGCCGCAACAAGGCCAAAGAGGUGGAGGAUGACUGGAAGUACGUUGCCAUGGUGAUUGAUAGAAUCUUCCUUUGGGUAUUUGUGACCGUGUGCAUCCUGGGAACCGCGGGCCUGUUCAUCCAGCCUCUUUUUGGCUUUGUCUCAUAACUGCUAGCCAGUCGUGGUCCUCAGCCACCCAGUGUAUAGACCAAUCCCAAACAAGUAACUAAUGAACUCUCAGUUCUCAGUUGACAAAUCAAAAGGCAGUUUUGAGUCCUAAAGCACUAUCUUGUGUGCUGGUUUUGCUUCUCUCCUUUUGCAGAGAGCAGAAAUAAAGAAACAGUGAAGUCUAAAAUGUUAAAGUUCUCAGACUGGCUGACAAACUGCAUAACAUACAAAGCUUAUAAUUCCCUGAGAUUAGCCUGAGAUGAGUCUCCACACAAGGUCCUCUUUCUUGGGAACAUUAAUUCUUAUAUAACUCACUUUUUACCUUUUGAUCAUUUUGAUUUAGUGGUACUUUUUGAAGCAUUUUUAACACAAAUAUUGGACACAUAAUGACUUUCUGUGCAGUUAAUUGCAUUAACAGACUGUUAGCGACAGAGUUUUGGUGGGCAAAAUUCUAGUAUUUGCAUCCAGCUUAAAAGAAAAAGCUUGCUAUCUAACUGACAAGCAGCCUACUUUAUCAUUCAGAAAUGUUACUUUUGACUCCAAAAACCAACAUGUCAGCGUCUAUAUUGCUAAAAUUGGGGUGUCAAAACUGAGCUUUACAAACCAGUGAGUUAUGUUACAAUAGAGAUGGCCUACUUUUAUAGUCCAUAGGCAGAAUGAAGUUAAUGCAGCUUAGUUUUAACCUCUAUUUUGCGGUUUGUAAAUUUUGUAUAAUGCUUCUACACUGUAAACCCAGAUAAGUUGAAUCUACUUAAAAAAACCAAGGUAACUCGUUGCCUUAAAUUUUUUAAGUAAUGAAACAGUUUAU